GAGAGAGAAACGGACAUUGCUCACACCAUUGUUUAGACGCUCUCGCCUUUUUCUGUCUGCAACAGAAGGACGUCUGUUUAUUUGAUUUCUCUUUUUUGGCAACUGAUCUUGUUUCUUUGCUCUUCCUUUUUUACUGAUUUGCAGCUUUUUAGUGUCGUCAAGGAGAUUCGUUUGCGAAGCUACGAAGUGGUCCAUUGAUUAGGCUACGCAAUGAGGUGGCAAGUAACAUUGUUUCUUAUGCAGGUUUUUUCUUAUACGAUUGACUGUCAAAUUCGUUACUCUGUUCCUGAGGAGAUGAAAAGGGGCUCACUGAUUGGUAACGUAGCGCAAGAUCUUGGUUUGGAUUUGAAAAGGCUCCAGAGAGGACGAGCGCGCAUCGUAACCGAAGGCAGCACUCAGUACGCAGAGCUAAAACCAGACAAAGGGAUUCUAGUGGUGAGCGAGAGAAUAGACAGAGAGCAGCUUUGUGGAGAGAUCACGCCCUGUAGCUUCAGCUUCGAAAUCAUUCUGGAGAAUCCGUUGGAGCUGCAUCAGGUGACGGUUGAAAUCACUGAUAUAAAUGAUAAUUCGCCUCUAUUUCGAAAGAAUCAAAUGAGCUUCGAAAUCAGCGAGUCGGCGGCGCUUGGCUCACGCUUUGCUUUAGCAACAGCAGAGGACCCGGAUGUUGGCAUUAACGCCCUGCAAAAUUAUAUCUUGACUAAAAAUGACCAUUUUCUUAUAAAGCAACAUUCUAAUCCCGAUGGCAGUAAAUAUGCGGAAAUGGUGCUGCAGAAGUCUUUAGACCGAGAAGAGCAUCCUCAGCUCUCACUAAAGCUGAUCGCUGUGGAUGGCGGAAAUCCACAGAGGUCUGGCACUAUUAACAUAGAGGUUACGGUGUUAGACGUGAAUGAUAAUGCGCCUGUGUUUAAUCAAACCGUGUAUAAAGCCACUGUAAUGGAAAAUGCAGGGAUUGGCGCGUAUAUCACGACAGUUAACGCAACCGAUACAGAUAGCGGUUGGAAUGGUGAAGUAUCGUAUUCAUUUUCCAAUCUUAAAGAACAUUUAGCCGAAAUAUUUCAUAUUGACGGAACUUCUGGCGUUGUUACUGUUGCAGGUAAUAUUGAUUUUGAAAAAGAUAAGCGUUACGAAAUUAGAGUAGAAGCUAAAGAUCAGGGCGGACUGACUGAUACCAGUAAGGUGAUAAUAGAGGUGUCUGAUGUGAAUGAUAACACACCUGUCAUUAAUAUUAUGUCUUUUUCGAGCCCUCUGUCUGAGGAUUCACCGCUAAGUACCACGAUAGCCAUAAUAAAUGUCAAAGACGCCGAUUCCGGAAGAAAUGGGCAGAUCACGUGUACAAUAGACAACAGACUCCCUUUUAAAAUCAAAUCAACUCUUGCCAAUUACUACACAUUAGUGACAGAUGCAUUGCUUGACCGAGAGACAAAGGCAGAAUAUAAUAUAUCUGUAACAGCGACAGACAGUGGCUCACCGCCUCUUUCCACCUCGAAAAUGCUGCAUCUUAGAGUUUCUGACAUUAAUGACAACCCACCAGUAUUUGAUCAGAAUGCUUAUUAUACUACAGUACUGGAAAAUAACUCUCCUGGUACGUCAAUAUACACUGUUCACGCACAAGAUCCAGACUCAAAUCACAAUGCGAGAGUCUCUUAUUUUAUACCUGAGACACACAUCGGUGAAAAUCCAGUGUCCUCUUAUAUAUCCAUCAACUCUGAAACAGGCAUAAUGUACGCAGUACGACCAUUUGAUUAUGAACAAGUCAAACAGAUCAGAUUUACUGUUAAAGCUCAAGAUGGAGGCUCCCCACCUCUCAGUAGCAAUGCGACACUCAACAUUUUAAUACAGGACCAGAACGACAACGCGCCUCAGGUUCUGUACCCAGUCCAGACUGGGGGCUCUGUGGUGGCUGAAAUGGUGCCUCGUUCAGCAGAUGUGGGCUAUCUCGUGAGUAAAGUGGUGGCUGUUGAUGUGGACUCUGGACAGAACGCCUGGCUCUCAUAUAAACUGCAGAAAGCCACAGACAGGGCGCUGUUUGAAGUGGGCGCACAGAAUGGAGAAAUAAGAACUGUGCGCCAAGUGACCGAUAAAGAUGCUGUGAAGCAGAAGCUCACUGUUGUAGUGGAGGACAACGGGCAGCCCUCUCGUUCAGCUACGGUCAAUAUUAACGUGGCGGUGGCGGACAGUUUCCCUGAAGUGCUCUCGGAGUUCACUGACUUUACGCACGACAAGGAUUACAACGACAACCUGACUUUCUAUCUAGUCUUGGCCUUGGCUGUAGUUUCAUUCCUCUUUAUCGUCUCCAUCAUCGCCAUAAUGUCAGUCAAAUGCUACAGAUGGAGACGUGAGCGGAUGUUUUAUAAAUCAGGUGCCAAUCUGCCAGUUAUUCCAUAUUAUCCUCCCCUUUACGCAGACGUAGGAGGGACGGGGACUUUACAGCAUGUGUAUAAUUAUGAGGUCUGCAGAACGACUGACUCCAGAAAGAGUGAUCUGAAAUAUGCCAGACCUUCCAGUGAGAGCAUCAUUAGCUUGGACGCCAGUGGAACACAGACUCUGACGUAUGCGCAGAGGGAGAAACUGGCCAAUGAUGGUUCUCAUGAUCAGGUGAGGUCAUUCGUCCACUGA